AUGUCCCCUAACCAAAUUGACCCCGAGUUGGUUCAAGAUACCGAUGGCUCCAGUAUUGACACAGCCAUUACACCCCCCGAAACCAUCCCUCCUGACCUGACAGACGACAAUGACGGCCCACCAUCCCGCGCUUCUUAUCCGAUCUCCUACUCGAUUCCUGAGCCUGGCUCGACCUUUAUUAUCCGCUCUGUCUGGUCGAGGAAUAUUAUUACAUUGCUCAUGGGGCAGGUUGUGCUAGCCCCGCCGGAGGACAACUUUGGAUCCCCGCACUGGGAGUGUAUAGAAACCAAUGGCUGCCUUGGCUUCCGCAACAUCGCCUCAGGUAGAUUCCUGGGUCGCAAUAACCAGUGGCUGUUAUGCUGCUCCGUCAACUGGCAUCAAGAACAUGAGAAGUUCCAUAUUAGGAGCAGGCCGGAAGGAGGCUAUAUUUUGCUUAUGACGCAUUGGGGGAAGCUUCGGCCGGUAGGAAUGAAAGAUGAGAAGGGGGAGAAGAAGCUAGCAAUGGUAGAAAGCGGUAAUACCAAUGGAAUUGUUUGGGAGUUUGUGGAGGUAGAUACUAUCUAG